UAAUACCGUCGAUAAAAGGCGCCGUUUUGUUACAGUGAUGUUGAACGGUGUGAAUGUGCGUCUGCAGUUGGACACGGGAUCUGACAUAAGCAUCAUUUCGAAACGUUUGUGGGAGAAAAUAGGUAAACCACCCACAGUACCGGCAAACGAACAAGCCGCAACAGCGUCAGGCGACCGCUUGCAGUUUUUGUUUAAGUUCAGUUGUGACAUUUCGUUCAAUGACAAACAACAUACCUGUCAGUUUUACGUUGUUGAAAAACCACUUUACCUUCUUGGAAUCGAUUUGAUGGAUGCAUUCGAUAUUUGGUCACUGCCCAUUAGCACGUACUGCAACAACGUCACUGUUCUUUCUGUCACUUUGCAGUCACUCAAAUCAGCAUACCCGAGGGUGUUUAGGAACGAGCUGGGGUUGUGUACGAAAACAAAAGUGAAAUUGGAACUAAUACCAGGUGCAACUCCAGUUUUUCGUGCAAAGCGUCCAGUGGCUUUUGCGGUACAUAGCAGUGUGGAUAACGAACUCGACCGACUGGAACGAGCAAAAAUCAUCACACCGGUAGACUUUUCGGAUUGGGCAGCUCCCAUCGUUGUCGUCCGAAAAACGAACGGAUCUAUUCGUAUUUGCGGUGACUAUUCCACCGGUCUCAACAAUGCCCUGCAACCGCAUCAAUAUCCGUUGCCGCAACCGGAAGAAAUUUUCAACAAAUUGGCUAAUUGCACAGUGUUUAGCCGAAUUGAUCUGUCGGAUGCAUUUCUGCAGGUAGAAGUGGACGAAAGCAGCCGUGAAUUGUUAACCAUCAACACCCAUCGGGGACUUUACCGGUACAACCGUCUGACACCGGGAGUCAAAGCAGCACCGGGAGCAUUCCAGCAACUUAUCGAUACUAUGCUGGCAGGCCUCCCUCAUACGUGUGGUUAUUUAGAUGACGUCGUCGUUGGUGGUGUAAAUCUUGAAAAUCACUGGGCGAACCUUCAUGCAGUGUUUCAAAGGAUCAGCGAUUUUGGAUUUACCAUUCGUGUAGAAAAGUGCAUAUUCGCUCAGCCGCAAAUUAAAUAUGUAGGUCAUCUGCUUGACCGCAACGGUCUUCGCCCGGAUCCAUCAAAGGUUCAAGCCAUCAACGAAAUGCCACCGCCCACUGACGUUUCCGGUGUUCGCUCUUUCCUAGGAGCAAUAAAUUACUACGGCAAGUUUGUUCCUAGUAUGCGCACCCUUCGGUAUCCUCUUGAUGAGCUGCUCAAGGCGGAUGCAAAAUUUGAGUGGACGGAAAAAUGCCAGGCGGCAUUUAACAAAGAAGUGUUGAAAUCCGAUCUACUGUUGACACACUACAACCCUGCGCUUGAUAUAGUUGUGUCGGCAGAUGCGUCGUCUGUUGGUGUCGGUGCAACAUUAUCACACAAGUUUCCGGACGGUACUCUCAAGGUGGUACAGCAUGCCUCCAGAGCACUCACAGCAGCAGAGAAAAACUAUAGUCAGCCCGAUCGUGAAGGACUUGCAAUAAUUUUUGCAGUGACUAAAUUUCACAAAAUGUUGUUUGGUCGUCGCUUUCAUCUUCAGACUGAUCACGAGCCGCUGCUGAGGAUUUUCGGUUCGAAGAAAGGAAUUCCUGUUUACAAAUCGAACCGGUUACAACGUUGGGCUCUUACGCUAUUGCUUUAUGAGUUCACCAUCGAGUACGUCCCGACAGCGAAAUUCGGCAAUGCUGACAUACUUUCCCGUCUGAUCAACCAGCACGUCAGACCUGAGGAAGAUUACGUGAUUGCUUCGGUCUCUUUGGAGAAUGACUUAAGGUCAGUUACACAAGAUACACUAACCGUUCUCCCUCUGAGUUUUAGAAUCGUACAACAGUCUACACAGUCCGAUCCUAUCACCAAAGCAGUUUAUCGAUACCUGAUUGACGGUUGGCCUGAGACCGUUACUGAUACAGAGGUCAAGCGGUUUUAUGCACGACGUGAGUCACUUACCACGGUAUAAGGCUGCAUACUAUUUGGCGAUCGACUUGUUAUUCCUUCGCCUCAUCGCAAGCGCAGUCUUCAGCAGCUUCAUCGUGGCCACCCUGGAAUCCAGCGAAUGAAGGCGAUUGCCAGGUCUUACGUUUAUUGGCCAACUCUCGAUAGCGACAUUGUUGAUUAUGUUAAAUCCUGCCAUCAAUGUGCGAUGGCUGCGAAAACACCACCGAAGUCAGCGCCUUUGUCUUGGCCUAAAUCAACAAAACCGUGGCAGCGUGUACAUCUUGACUACGCUGGACCGAUCGACGGGGAAUACUACUUGGUCGUCGUGGAUUCUUUUUCGAAGUGGCCUGAGAUUGUGCAGACUCGCAGCAUCACUACAGCCGCUACAAU